AUGGUCGCAGAGGCAUGGCGCGGCCCUUCCCUGAACCUGAUCCAUGGGGUUGGGUCAGUUCCUCAAAUCCUUCCAGAGCCCGCAUCCAGACCUAUUAUCCUUCCCCCACCAUUUACCCAUUCCUUCCUUUAUCACCGACCGCGCGGUUACUCACAAUGCCCGGAGAUCACUCGCGAAAGAAUCCCAUCUCGCCGCUGUCGCCACACGACCCUUCAGGACUUAAAGUCUACAAUGUCCACCACACAGCUCCGAUGCCCGUUUACCUGCCCUCGGCGUCCUCCUAUACCAGUACGCAUACCCUAUCAGUAUUAUCCAAAAGCACCUUGUACAGCCCAACAACAGAUCUCCGACCCACCAGAGAAGAAGCUCUGCGGUAUCCGACUCGGCGUUCUUCUCAUCGUCGUCUCCGGCUUGUUACUUCUUGUAAUGGCAAGUCUCGGUCUUUGUAGCAGGGAUUUACGGCAGAAAAACUGCCUCUCUCGAGCAGACGGUUCCCACACCCAUCGUGGACAAACCGUUGUACCUAUUCUCCCCGAGUCGCCCAACAACAAUAGCACCACCACCCCACCAACCAAAACAUCACCUAGCGAAACCCCCUCAUCAACCCAAAGUCCCACAGCCCCUGCUGCAGCAAAUCUCGACUCACAUCACGGCCCCAAACUACAGGUACAUAAGCUGCUACAUUGA